AUGCCUUCGCCUGUUUACGAAUUCAAUCCUUACGGGCGCCUGAGUGUCUGUUAUGAAAAAGCUAAAAUUUUGGUAUUAUCGGGCGAUGAUCCGGCUAUCAAACGCGGCAAACCUGCUCCGGAUCCAUUUCUAGUAACAAUGGAUCGAUUUAAAGACAGACCUGAAAAAGCAGCAAACGUUCUUGUUUUCGAAGAUGCAGCUAAUGGAGUGCGUGCAGCAUUGGCAGCUGGCAUGCCUGUUGUUAUGAUUCCUGAUUUAACAUAUAUGAAAGUUCCGGAAGAUAUUCGGCAUAAAAUAAGUCAGAUACUGAAAAGUCUGGAGGAAUUCAAGCCAGAAACUAUGGGACUUCCCGCGUACAAUCACAGAAACAGUAGCGGAUAG